CGUAGUAAGGUGAAGUCAAGGAAGCUGACACCAGAAAGAUAAAUAUAGAAUAUAUAUAUAUAUAUAUAAUAUGAUUGAUUGCCCCUUAACCUAGCAAUCCAUCGCCCGUGAUAACCGAGCAGUUGAAUAUCAUUUCACUAUAUUCAACUCUCCCUUACUACCUUACUACACCCACGCACACACACACACACCAUGGCGCCUGCUUUUGGUGAACGCCUGUUGCCAUCCGUCGUGGACGAGCUCGCACAGUCUACCCCGGAGCGUGUCCUAUAUUCCCUAGCGAAAACCAAGAACCCCGCUGACGGGUUCGAGGAUAUCACUGCCCUGAAUUUUGCCAAAGCCAUUGAUUGUGUCUCAUGGUAUAUCGAAGAAAACCUUGGACGAGGCCACAGUUUCCCUACGCUGACCUACAUGGGCCCCCAAGAUCUACUGUAUGGCAUCUUGGUUCUAGCUUCUAUCAAGACAGGAUACAAGCUUCUCCUCGUCUCCCCUCGCAACACCCUCGAGCAGCAACUAUAUCUGCUCGACAAGACAGGAUGCGGGAUCUUCGUAUCCCCGCCUAACUUCCCCUUACUGGUCGUGAAGCAGAUUCUGGCCGCAAGACCCAUGCGCCAUUUUGAGAUUCCCGACCUAUACUAUUGGCUAGAUAGUAGCAAGCUAGAGGGAAAGCCUUAUGCGUACACAAAGACGUUCGCCGAGGCCAAGGAGGAGCCGUGGGUUGUGCUCCAUACGUCGGGCUCGACAGGUCUACCAAAGCCCAUCGCCCAACCCCACGGCACCAUCGCAGCAUUUGAUGCGUUCCGCGACCCACCAUCUCCAGAACAGACACCUGUGUAUCCUGGUCCCGGUGCCCCUCGACGAGUCUAUUCGACGUUUCCCCUUUUCCAUUGUGCGGGAAUAUCCAUGCUGCUCCCAUGCAUCAUAUUUAGCGACCACACGCUUGUCAUGGGCCCAUUUCCUCCUUCUGUCGAGUUUAUCAACGGCGUUAUCUUGCACGGUAACAUAUCAGACUUGCUCAUCAUCCCGACCCAACUAGUCGACCUCGCCAGGGAGCCCGAGUACCUAAAGAAUCUUAGCCGGCUAGAACGAGUUUCCUACGGAGGAGGGCCGUGUCCAGAAGCAGUGGGCAAUCUCGUCAGCACCAAAACCAAGCUCUUCAGCGGCUUUGGCACGACGGAGUGUGGCAUUCUCCCAAGCCUUCCCCUGGAAUCGGAAGAUUGGGCCUACCUUAGCAUCAGCACAAUGCUAGGACACGAGUAUCGCUAUGUAACCGGAGACCUGUACGAGCAGGUCAUCAUGAGGAAGCCAGAGCUGGAACGGUACCAGGGAAUAUUCGCUACCUUCCCCGAGUUAACGGAGUGGCCCAUGAGGGAUCUCUAUUCCAAGCAUCCAACCAAGGAGAAUGUCUGGUUAUACAGGGGCCGUGCUGACGAUAUCAUCGUUUACUCCACCGGCGAGAAGCUGAACCCCAUCGAAAUGGAGGAUACCAUUAAUUCGAAUCCCGCAGUGACCACAGCGCUCGUCGCUGGUGCCGGACGUUUCCAAUCUAGUCUGUUGGUCGAGGCCACCAAGCCUCCGACCAACGAGACCGAAAGACAAGAACUGCUCGAGCUGAUUUGGCCAUCGGUUCAGGCCGCCAACCAGGAGAGCCCUUCGCAUGGACGAGUUCACCGUGGCAUGAUCAUCUUCACCUCUCCAGAUAAGCCGAUGCUCAGAGCUGGCAAAGGAACUGUCCAGCGUAAGAUGACCUUGGAUUUAUAUGCGUCCGAGCUCGAUGCCUUGUACAAGACCAGCGAGGCACCCACCAACGAUACGGCAAUCACUGCAACAAACGGCGAUUUAAACGUCCUCGAUACUGUCAGGGAUAUCGUCUCUUCCUCCACCGAGAUCGACAUCGCUACAAUACCUCCGAACACCGACCUCUUCGAGCUAGGACUCGAUUCCCUACAGGUAACGGUGAUCGCCCGAGAGCUGAACCGAUUACUUUCCGCACACGGGAAGCCACCUUCGCUGGAGACCAAAACGGUGUACUCGAACCCGAGCAUCUCCGCCCUCACAACCGUCGUGUCCGCCUAUUUCGCCGGCAACGCUCCCGCACAGCGCGAGGAGAGCGACGAGGAGAAGAUGCAGAGGCUCUACGAACUCUACACAGAGAACCUGCCGAUAAGCGCGAGAGACGCACAGCCCAAGCCAACAGACAGCAGCGUGUUCCUGAUCACCGGGUCCACCGGCUCCCUCGGCUCGUACAUCCUCGACGCCCUGCACCGGAACCCGCGUAUCCGGCGAAUCUACUGCCUGAACCGGGGGCCGGGCAGCUUCGAGCGCCAGCAGAAGUCCCUAGCGGCUAAGGGUCUCGCGCCUCUCCCAACAAAUACCAAUAAUAAUAAUAAUAAUAACAACAACAACAACAACAGCAAAGUCCAAUGCCUAGACGCAGACCUCUCAAAGCCAUACUUCGGGCUCUCGCCCACGACAUACAAGACCCUCCUCCUCGAGCAGGUGACGCACGUGAUCCACAACGCAUGGCAGGUCGACUUCAACCUCUCGCUCGCCUCCUUCGCGACGCACGUCGGCUCCGUGCGCCGCUUCGUCGACUUCUCCGCGCACUCGCGCCACGGCGCGCACAUCUUCUUCAUCUCGAGCAUCAGCAGCGUCGGCGGCCUUUUGCGGCCACGGUCACGACGAGGAGAGGCGGGCAUCCCCGAGCGCAUCUUCUCGUCCUGGGACGCGCCCGAGCGCCGCCUGGGCUACGGGCAGUCCAAGUUCGUGUCGGAGCGGGUCCUCGACGCCGCGGCGCGCGAGGCCGGGGUCCCCGCCGUCGUCUGCCGCGUCGGCCAGGUCGCCGGCCCCACGACCGCGUGCGGCGUGUGGCCGAGGCAGGAGUGGCUCCCCAGCCUCGUCGCCAGCUCCAAGUACCUCGGACAGCUCCCGGCUUCCCUCGGCGGCGGCGCGGGUGGCGGUGUUGUGGACUGGGUCCCUGUGGAUGUGCUGGGCCAGAGCAUCGUGGAGCUUGCGCUGCACCGCUUCGAGGGGCGGAAGGAUAGCGUCGGUGCUGCCGUGUUCCACGCCGUAAACCCGCAGCGCACUACCUGGGCGGAACUGGUGCCGACCGUGCUGCGGUGUCUAGGCUCCUCCCCCUCCUCCUCCUCCUCCUCCUCUUCAACCUCCGUGAUCAAGUCCGUGUCGUUGGAGGCGUGGGUCGAUGCCCUGCGUGAGAGCGCGUCCAGAACGGAGGAUCUAGCUCGGAACCCAGCUGCGAAGAUCCUGGGGUUCUUCGAGGGCGUGGCUGCGACAGAUAAGAAGGGUGAGGAUGGGGAUAAGGAGCAAGAGAGGGAGGAGCCUGGGUGGCUGAGCACGGAAGAGACGCUGGCUGCGUCGCAGACGUUGGCGGCGCUGGGCCCGGUUCGUGGUGAGUUGAUGGAGAAUUGGAUGCGGCAAUGGUCGUUUUGAGUAGGUAGGGGAGACCUCUGCGUGGAGUUUUGUCCGGGUGGGUAUCUUGUUGGAUUUCAGGGCAGUCUAUACUAGCCUUCGGUACCUAGGUAUGAUAUGGUUCGUGAUCGGAUAAGCUAGUUGUUUUCAGACGCAUGUACUUGUGCCAUCGGAGUUCAGUCUGAAAUAUGUACUCUAUAUACGUAGCGAUUGAGAUGAAUUUUAAACUCAAUCACGAUUUAUGUCGAGUCAAUAUGGGAAAAUACCACAUAACGUG